CAGCCAAAAAAACGUGCCUGAUUUUUAUUUUUAAUUUUUAAUUUUUUAGGAAAAAAACCCAUCAGCCGCAAUUCCUGGGACUGUCCGAGAACAACUUCGACAUCAUCACCAUAGACUCCCCUCUCCUCUUCCGCAACAGAGACAGAACCGCUUCUUGUCCCUCCCAAGAGAAAGCAACGACACACGCUGCCCCGUCAUCACUAUGGUGCUUCACAAUUAUUUCCAUCUGUUUGACUCUCUUCCGGCCGAGAUUCGACGCGCUAUAUGGAUCGAGGCACUGUCGCAGCCAAGAGUUAUCAAAAUCAUAGGACCCCACCGCGAUCCCAUCAAUCGGGUUGUUCAAAUGGGUGUCGAUACCGGCCCCACGAUCCCGUCCACCGCCAUGGCGUGCUCCGAGGCAUACGGCACCCUCAAAGAGGCAUUCCCAUGCCUGGCCGUCCCCCAUCACAAUAGCCCCCCGCCGCGUGUGGGCGUUCCCCAAAGACUGCAUCCUCUUCCUGGACGGCUGCGACACCGUACAAGUCGACAGCUUCACCUUGUCACAGGUCCCGGGCUACACAGCACAUAUCGACCGCAUCACCCGGGUCGCCAUCAGCCUCCAAGGCAGGUCAUGGCCGUUCACUUUCCAAGCAAUGGGCCGGAUGUCCAGAAUUUGCCUCAAUCUCUGAAAGAUACUCCUCGUCCAUGACAACGGUACUGCGUCGGAUGAGAAUACCCGAGCUAUGAUCACGACCGCAAUGUCCCGAGACGGCGGCAAUAGCUUCCCAGGCUACAAGCUGCAGCUCAAAGCCGAGUUCCAGAUUGAAUUAUUGGAUUUAUAUGACUGUUACUUCCCCGAAUGGCCUCGGAAGCCAGAGCUUCUCAUUCUAGCCACAGUUGCGACUAACCCACCUUGGUCGCCAUUGGAUUCGGUUUCGUGGCCACUGCCGCCAUUCCUGCAGUACACUGGUUAGUUCUCUGUAAAGUACAAACAUU